AUGGCGAUACUGGGAAAGAUGGAUCAGAUUUUAGCACCAAGAGGGGUUUCAAUGACAAUUGCUCCUUUAGGGGCGAUUUGUGCGGUCCUCUUUGCUUCACCCUCCUCUCCUGCUGCUCGGAAGUACAAUAUGUUCACGGCACAAAUAGGUUGUGCAGCGAUUGGUGUUGCUGCGUUUACUAUAUUUGGGCCUGCCUGGCUUGCUAGAAGUGCUGCCCUUGCUGCCUCCAUAGCUUUCAUGAUCUACACACGUUCAACCCAUCCACCAGCUGCAAGUUUGCCGAUCCUAUUCAUAGACGGAGUAAAGUCACACCAGUUGAGUUUCUGGUAUGCUUUUUUCCCUGGUGCCGCUGGAUGUAUAAUUCUUGCUUUGAUUCAAGAAGUGGUUUGUUAUUUGACAGACAAUCUCAAGUUUUGA